AUGACGGGAGAGAUAAUAACUCUUCAGAUUGGACAAUGUGGCAAUCAGGUAGGUAAGCAAUUCUGGUCACAACUGAUCAAAGAGCAUGGGAUCAGUAGGGAUGGACAAAGCUUGAGUACCAAUGAGAGCGACACGGUAGAGGAAGAUGAUCCUACAAUAUUUUUUAAGCAAAACGACAGCAACAGAUAUACGCCGCGCGCUCUGCUUUUUGACCUAGAGCCAAGCGCGAUAGCUGAUGUUCAAAAUUCCUUUCCAGGGCUCUUCAACGAGAGAAACGUCUGGGUUUCUAAAGACGAGCUUGGGGCGGGAAACGCAUGGUCAAAAGGUUACGAUCAUGGGCUGGAAAACCAGGAGGAAUUCAUAAAUAUGGUUGACAAGGAAAUCGACGCAACGGAAAGUUUUGAAGGUUUCCAACUUCUUCACUCUGUGGCAGGGGGGACUGGAUCUGGACUUGGGUCUAACUUCCUGGAAGCUCUUUCCGAUAGAUAUCACAAGAAAAUAAUUACGACUUAUUCUGUUUUUCCAAGCAGCGAGUCCGAAGUGGUCAUACAACCUUACAACACCAUUUUAACUUUGAGGCGCUUGAUAGAACAUAGCGACGCAUCUGUUGUGUUUGAUAACAAGGCCCUAUUGAAUCUCGCAACACGCGUCUUCAGGGAUCGCAACACCAGCUACGAGCAAACAAAUCAAUUAAUUGCAAGUGUAUUGUCCUCCAUCACAAACAGUUUAAGGUUUCCCAGCUACAUGUACAAUUCUCUUCCCAGCAUUUUUUCUACGCUGGUUCCAACAGCAGACUUGCAUUUCCUUGUUCCAAGCUUUACGCCAUUUACGUCCGACUUCAUUCCUGGGGUGAGAGACUUUAAAAAGAGCUCUGCUUAUGACGUGAUUCUGGACCUUUUUGACAAGAGCAAUAGUAUGGUCCUGCGAAACAACGAUACGCCAGUAUACCUCAGUAUCUACAAUUCAAUACUCGGCCCAACAGACCAGGCAGACAUCACAAGGGCAAUUUUGAAAUCACAGCAGCGAAUCAAGUUUCCACCUUGGUCAUCGAGCGCGCUUCAUGUCAACGUUGGCAAAAAAUCGGCGUACAAUGUAACACCAGAUUCAGAUAAGGUGAGUGGAAUGAUGCUGGCUAACACAACGUCUGUGAAUGCAUUGCUUCAGACGGCAUGCUCAAGUUUUGACGUCCUGUUCAAAAGAGGUGCCUUUCUGCAUAUGUACCAAGAUGGAAAAAUGUUUCAAAAUGGAGCAGAAGAGUUUAUUGAGUCUCGCGAGGUAGUUCAAUCCUGCAUCAAUGAGUACUACGCUGCAGAACAAGAAACUUUUAUGGAUGAUGUGCUAAUGGAAGAGGAGAACAUCGUUGGAAAUGGGGGCAUGCUUGAUGCCGAUGGAGACGACAUCAUUUGA